AAGCGGUUUAAAUCUGAAGGAGAGAAGUAAAGUUAAGGCGAGAUCUGCCGUGAAGCUCACUCCAAUGGCCGCCCAUCCGAUGCGGUCGCUGAAAUCCUCUGUCGGAAGCAAGAACUUCAGCAGCAGCUUCCACGCCGGCCCUUCCUCCUUCCAACCAAUCUAUGACGCCAAAAUCUCCGCCGAAUGUUUGGUACUCCACCCUGAAACUCAAUCCGCUGGCCUCCACUCCUCCUGGAUCAGCCGCCUUCUCCACACCGCCACCGAUGCAAGCAUCCACUCCCCCGCCACCACCUCCUACGGCGGCCUCUUUCCCCGAAAGCUCACCAUCUUCACCGACGAGUCCCGUACUUGCUCUUCUUCCUCCCAAAACUCCAACUUUUCCAUCAUCCGCCCAUACCUAGGGUUUUGCCCAAUAAAGCCACCGCUGCCGCCGCUGCCUCCGCCGAAGAUAUCGCAUGGGGAUGGAGAUGUUCGGCUGGUUUCAAGUUUCGGGCCGUUUAAAGUGAGGGAAACGGGGAAGGGUGCCGGAAAGGGUAAUGGAAAAGGAGUGUUUGUGAGAGGAGAGGAAGGGGAAGGGGAAAGGAUUCGAUUUUUGGAGAUGAAGAUGGAGAAUGAGGCGAUUGGUGGUCAGAUCUCGCCGUUUGCUGUUCCGUUCAAAUCCCGUUUAACUAGGGGUAGUGCUAGGGUUUCUGAGAAUGGAGUAGCAGGUGUUGAUUCCCUUUCUUCAUCCAGGUUGCAGAGUUGUUUUGGCCCUUGGAAGGUCCGAAGCAGGCUGAAAUCGCCGGCUUUUGGUUCUCUUCUUGCGAGUGGGAGUUCUGGUCUAGACGCAGCUAGGAGAAGAGGUUCUGCCUAUCGUGAUGUAUCUGAUGGUGGUUCUGUGACUAGAUCAUUUAAGUAUGCUGCCUCCCUACAGGACAUUCAUAACAUGCUCGAUACUGUAAUGCCACAACAACCUGGUAUACAAAUUGGCAAAAGGGAAGCCGAAGAACAAUUCUCUUGUUGGAACAUGGGGAGAUUUAAAAGAGCCAAUUUUGUUUCCUCUAUCUCUUCAUCAUUUGAUUCGUCUCGGAGUUUUGAUAUGAAACGUAAACAAGUUGCAGAAAAUAUCAACGCUUCGAAGUACCCUUCGAAGUACCGCAGAAUCUGAGAGACGAAUAUCAUCCGUAUUUCGACAUUUUUGGGAGCUCUUGUGGAGGCCAUGAUGAUGCUUUUGAACAACGGGUGAGAAAUAAAGAUUGUGAUGUUAUGUAAUAUGUUAAUGGUAAUUUUUUUGCUGGUUGGAUGUUAUGUGUGAUGAUGCAUUGUAUUGUUUUCCUUUAUAUGAUAGUUGUUGGAUCA